GUACUCUGGGAAUUUUUAGUUCGAACUAUUAUGUUGCGUUCAUGCUGAUUAUAGAGACUUUUUGUUAGAUAUAUAAUAAAGUUAGCAUUAUUUUUGUCGUACAGAAGGUCGCUGAAUGACUGCAACAGUCAUUUUAAACCGGUUUGAUAGUUUUAUCUUUUCAGCGCCGUUGAUUGAGACUCGACUAGAUUGUUUUUGUAUUUGUGUCAGUUCUUUUUAUUUCAGCUCAUCACUCCAGCAUGACUUCAGCUUCCACAAAGGUGGGCGAGAUCUUCUCGGCUGCAGGCGCGGCAUUCUCUAAACUGGGUGAACUGACCAUGCAGCUGCAUCCAGUGGCAGACUCAUCUCCUGCAGGAGCCAAAUGGACCGACACGGAGAUUGAGAUGCUGCGAUCUGCAGUUCGCCGCUUCGGUGAAGAUUUGAACAGCAUCAGCUCAGUCAUAAAGGAGCGCACAGUUGCCCAGAUUAAGACCACAGUGAAAAGGAAGCUGUAUGAGGACAGCAGGGUUCCUCUCACUGCAGAGUCGCCUAAAAAAACUAUGAAGAAAACCACAGUGACACUGCCACCGCCUCCUGCAUCAGUGGCCCCCACUGUUAUCACUGUUCCAACCUCACAGGUUGUUGUCACAACUGGAUUGCAGAGUUCUUCAUCUUUACAACCAGCAAUAAAAAACCCUAAACCAGCAGAUGUGACUCUGAGUGCUCUCAAUGACUCUGAUGUGAACAGUGAUUUGGUGGAUAUCGAGGGGCUUGGAGAAGGCUCCACUAAAAAACCAAACUUUGACCAAGAGAGCUUGAAUCUGGACUCCAGUCUUAUAAUGAACUCCAGUGAUUUGCCCCUGCUGUCCCGCUGAUCUUCAUUGCUCAGUCAAAGUGAUAUUCAGGGAAAUGGGGACAAAGAUUAUUAAGGACAGCACAUGUAAAGAUUCUGCAGUUUGAUCAUGAGAUACACAGAAUGGUGAAGGCAGCAGUUGGCACCUGUUAAAUCUUUUCCACCGUGGGUCCAAAUAACACCAGUCCAAACCUCUACUACAUCACCAACCAUUUUCUACCCCUUUCAGUGAAGAAGUAUUACAUCUUUAGUUCUUAUGCAGCAAAAAUGAAGUUUUUUUUAAUCUAAUGGAAAGGAAUCUAAUGGAAGAUGGAAAAUGUUUUUUGUGGUUCAUGUUGUGUGAUCUGCUUUGCCCACAUUUGAAAAGGGGUUUACAGGACAGUGGUGCAACGGUCAAACUACUUGUAAAAAUACUUAUUUUAUUUUUUGUAUUUUUAAUAGGCCCUUUUGGCUAAAGUAAAUCUUUGUGAAGUGACAAAAGAUGCUGACUGUAAUGGAAAAGUGGCAGCAUGCAAUCAAAAAUAGUUAAAGAAUUUUACCAUUUUUUUCACUGUAUGUUAGGUGCAGUUUCUAUUGUAUGUAUAUAUAUUAUUUUAACAUUACAUUAUCAAACAGGUCAUUUCAACCGUAAACAAGACAUGCCUGUUUAAAUUUCAUAUGAACAAAUCAGCUUGACAUACAUUGUCUUAGCUCAGAAUAAAAAGACAGCAUGCAAAUCAAUAAAAUGAGUUUUUAUUAUGA